AUGGGCAAAUCCAUGCUGACCUCGCCAGGCUUUCAUCUUGAGCAGCACGACGACAACAUAGAGCUUGGGGAGGAGACAAGCAGAGAAUCUCUAAAGGACGAAAUCACGGAUGAGGGCGCUGUGCAGCGCACGAUCACUGCCUGGAUCCCUGAGCGCUUCUGCAGCGCAGAAGUCAGCUCUGAAGGUGGGGAUGUAGAGGUGGCUGCCAUAAAGGAGGGCGAGCUGAUGGUGUACAGCGGGCAGCGCCAGUUUCCGCUGACCUUCCAGAUGCCGGAGAGCGGCCUCGCGCUGUCAGAGCGACGCUGGAACGCAGCCAGGCCGGGCGGCAAUGUCUUGUUGAAAAGCAUCUCUGCCACCAGCCUGGACGUGUACACCUGCGGGGGCCACCUGAAGGGAGGUAGCCUUGUGGCGGGGGAUGUGGAUCUGGACACCUCAGGGGGAGAUGCGCAGAUCGGCCGCCUGAUGGGGAAUUAUGUCCAGGUCAGCACGCAGGACAGGGGUGUUGCAACGGCUGGCUCUGGGACUGCAUCCAUUGGAGCGAUCUACGCGGACACACUGCAACUCUCCUCAGGUGGCAGUGUGACUAUCGAGGAGCUGAACACAAAGGACGCCUUUGUGACAAGCGUGGGCGGGGGUGGCAUCUCUGUGAAGAGCCUCUCCGGCACAUGCGCGCUCACCACGGUUGCACAGCCGCAGUCAGGUCCCAUCAGCUUCACUCUGACAGGACAAGUGGGGCACGUGCUUGCUUCCACAGGCGGCGCACCCAUCUCUUGCAACCUGCCUGGCGGCCAAGGACAAGCUUUGACAGUGCUGGUGAGGCCGGCAGGAGCGCCCAGUCUGCAGGAAGUUAUCUCAGGAGCUGUGGGUUCGAGCACAGAGCAGGAUGGAGGGCUAGCUGGCUGGCAGAGGCUGGCUGGCUUCAGUCAGGGGGGGACCGCACAGUGGGAGGAGACGCCUGCAGAGGGAAUUGUGCUGCUGGAUGCCAAUGGAGGUCAGGUGUCUGUGCUGCAGCAGAGCUGGAAAGAGAUGAUGCAGCAGAAACUCAAGGACGGACAGUAG